CAAGAGGGGAAAAUGGUGAGCAGCCACGACAAAACACCAACUCGGGAGGGAGAACAGGAAAACUCACAAAGAAAAGAAUGAGUGGGGUUACAGCUUCCCCGCAAAUUCUGAACGCCUUUCUGCCUCACUCCACCAAUUCCCUGCCCAAACCAACCUUCAAGUCCGCCGCAAUCACAUUUACCCCGCCGCAGAACCGUCACCUUGCCUGCUCCGGACUCGCAAAACCCAGUACCCAGCUGGUCCUCACUGCGCGCCGUGGAACCAGCCUGAGAUGCAGGAGCAGCACCGACUCCGCCGACUCCACUUCUGAGGAGAAUGAGAGCAAGAGCGUACUGGAUGCCUUCUUCUUGGGGAAGGCUCUAGCGGAAGUGCUGAACGAGCGGCUUGAAUCGGCUGUUGGGGAGAUUAUGAGCACCAUUGGGAAGCUUCAAUCUGACCAGCAAAAGCACAUACAAGGCUUCCAGGAAGAUGUGGUGGGGAGAGCCAAGAAGGCCAAGCAAGAAGCUGCACAGACUACCUCAGUAGUCGAAGCAUCAACUGAUCCUGAAACCGACAUUUCAGAGGUCGAGGUGGUGACCGGCGCAUGAUCUUCUCCCAGGAUUGAAUCUUCAGCCGGGCUCAUGACCUUUUAAAAAGUCUUCUCUUUCUACAGUUUUUCCUUUAAGUUUGGUGUUCUAUCAUCGGGCCGAAUGAAAUAGUAGUUCAGUUACCCUCUUCGCAAGGGAGAAUAUUAGUGUUACUACCCUGUGUACCUUCUUCAUUCACAUUCUCAUAUGGAAUAAAAUAGAUCCACAAAUCUUUCUGGAUUAGAUCGAUCACCGGAAAAGCAAGAACAAAUUCGUUGAUCGGCUUACCAAGUUGCAGUCACAAAUUUGUAGGCAUUCAUUGAUCGAUAGCCGGAAAAUGGCAGUCUGCUAGUACAAAUACACUCAAAACUGUAGGCAUUCAUGCCAGAACUGUUGCCAUGCUUUCCAUCUAAAAGUAAAUGAAAAAGGAGGGGUUCAAGCG